AAUUCUCAUUUCCCAUUUAGUCCAUAUUUCUUCCCCCAAAAAAUAAAGAGUUUUACUAAUGGUUCAAGCAAUGGCGGCUAGAACUCAACCUUUCAUUUUGGUACUCAUUCAUCUUGUCCUCUCGACCGCACCAAGUGUGGAGUCGGCCACAUUCACAUUCAUCAACAAGUGCAGCUACGCUGUCUGGCCAGGGAUCCUCUCCAAUGCUGGCACACCGCAGCCCUCCAUGACCGGCUUCGCCCUCCAAUCAGGAGAGUCCAAUGCCUUGCCCGUCCCGGCCACGUGGUCCGGCCGGAUGUGGGGCCGAACACUCUGCUCCCAGGACCCCGCCACUGGCAAAUUCAAGUGCCUAACGGGUGAUUGUGGCUCAGGAACCCUGGAGUGCUCCGGGGCAGGGGCCAUCCCCCCAGCCACCCUGGCGGAGUUCACACUCGAUGGUGCGGGCGGCCUCGACUUCUACGAUGUCAGCCUAGUUGACGGCUACAACCUCCCAAUGUUGGUGGUGCCGCAGAAUGGCCAUGGCGGGAACUGCACAGCCACCGGAUGCGCAGCUGAUCUGAACAACCCGUGCCCAGCGGAGCUCAUGGUGAGUGGUGACGGCGGGCACAGCGUCGCGUGCAACAGUGCAUGCAACGCGUUCGGAGAUCCGAGGUAUUGUUGUAGCGGGGCAUACGGGACACCGGACACGUGUAAGCCGACCACGUACUCGGAGUUCUUCAAGAAGGCGUGCCCCAGGGCUUAUAGUUACGCGUAUGAUGACGGAACGAGCACGUUCACUUGCGCUUCUGCGGAUUAUACAAUCACUUUCUGCCCUUCCCUUUCUACCAGCCUGAAGACCGAGGGGGAUCAAGACCCAGUGGCGGCGGAUGUCGAUGGCAGCCCAAUCUCGGCAGUAAUCCAUAGCUCCGCAGCUCACCGCACCCGAUCACUCUCCGGUGUUCCAACUGCUCUUGCCGUCUUGGCGGCUGCUUGGCAGUUAUGGCGUCUCCAUUGAAUGGGCCUGUUCAACUUCAGCCUCUGCCAUUUCAACUAACCCUUAUAAGUAUUCAGCUUGUCUGACCCGCCCCCCUCCCACCCCCCACCCCCCCCCAAAAAAAAAAAAAAAUCAAGAAUGUUAUUUUAAAAAAAAAAUUCGGUGAAAGCAAGAAUGUUAAUUUAAUGGGUAAAUUGCACUGAUGGUUCAAAAUGUUUUACAAAUGUUUCAUUAUAAUUCAAAAAGUUUUUUUUCACUACAUGAUAGUAUAAAAUAUUUCAAAGUUGUUUCAUGAUGGUACAAACC